GAUGCUGGUUUAAUACAAACGGUUAGAAAUGUUGUUUCUGGAAGUAGAAAAAUACAGUUUUAGAAAUCAACAUAUACCUAUGAUAUUCUCAUCCUCACAGUCGUGACUAAGUUUUGAAGCAGGCAGGAAUAUCUGGAGGGGUAUCAUCUGAACUGAGAUCUGCUACUGUGAAGAUGGAGUUUAAAGAGGAGCGUGAAGAGAACACGAGUGAACCAGAAACCUGGAGAAUAAAACACGAGGAACCAGAAACCUGCAAAAUAAAACACGAGGAACCAGAAACCAGGAGAAUAAAACACGAGGAACCAGAAACCUGGAGAACAAAACACGAGGAACCAGAAACCUGGAGAAUAAAACACAAGGAACCAGAAACCUGGAGAACAAAACACGAGGAACCAGAAACCUGGAGAACAAAACACGAGGAACCAGAAACCUGGAGAACAAAACACGAGGAACAUGGAGGCCUGAUGAAAGUGAAAGAGGAAAAUCAAGAUCUGAAUGAAGGGGAGGAGAAACAUCAGGAUCAGAAAGAUCAUGGUGUCACUGGAGAAAAAUCUGUGAGUUGUAGCAUUACAAUAACAGAUGUCAAAAGGCCUUUCAGCUGCUCUCGGUGUGGAAACACUUACAUACAUAAAAGAAGCCUUAUGAAACACAUGAGAAGUCAUAGUGAGGAAAAGCCUUCCAGCUGCUCUCAGUGUGGAAAGAGUUUCACAUGUAACAGAAGCCUUGAGGAUCACAUGUUAAUUCAUACUGGAAUAAAGCCUUUUACCUGCUCUCAGUCUGCAAACACUUUCAAACAGAAAGAAAGCCUUAUGAAACACAUGAAAAUCCAUAGUGGGGAAAAGCCUUUCAGUUGCUCUCAGUGUGGGAAAACGUUCACGUGUAACAAAAAUCUUAAGGAUCACAUGUUAAUUCAUGCUGGAAUAAAGCCUUUCACCUGCUCUCAGUGUGGAAAGAGUUUCACACAGAAAAUACACCUUCAGAAUCAUCUGGUAACUCACACUUUAGAAAAGCCUUUCAUCUGCUCUCAGUGUGGAAACACUUUCACACGUAAAGCCAACCUUAAGAAACACAUGUUAAUUCAUACUGGGAUAAAGCCUUUCUCCUGCUCUCAGUGUGGAAAGAGUUUCACACAGAAAGGACACCUUUAUCAUCAUUUGGUAACUCACUCUACAGAAAAGCCUUUUACCUGCUCUGAGUGUGGAAAGUCUUUCACACGUAAAGGAUACCUUGAGACUCACAUGUCAUUUCAUACUGGAAGUAAACCUUUUACCUGCUCUGAGUGUGGAAAGAGUUUCAUAUGUAAAGGAAUCCUGAGGAAUCACAUGAUAAUUCAUGCUGGAAUAAAGCCUUUCAGCUGCUCUCAAUGUGGAAAGACUUUUACACAGAAAGGACACCUUAAGGUUCACACUGCCAAUACACAUUUAUGUGCAAAGAACACGUAAAAUGGGUUUUUGCAUCUGAUAACAAACUUGUGCACAGUGUAGUGAUGGAUAUUGUUACGCUUUUAAAGGUAUUACUGCUCUUACUGAUACUUCUGAUUCUUAUCGGUUCUUUUGACAUUUGAAAAGAAAAACAAAUCAGACAUUUUAAAGAAAUUAAGAACACAUUCAGAACAUUGCUGACA